CUGUCGGCGAUCAAUAUUUGUGCUCCCGCGGCUUCACUUUCUUCAUCCCCCAACUUCUUCCUUGCGGUGCUCGGGUCAGCGUUGGAGAUCUCCGCCGGCGAUGGAGGGAGCUCCGGAUCAGCGCCCGUCGCUCUUUUCCCCUUUCCAGAUGGGCCGAUUCCGUCUCUCUCACAGAGUUGUGUUGGCGCCGAUGACACGGUGCCGAGCGGUGGAUGGGAUUCCAGGGCCCGCCCACGUCGAGUACUACACGCAAAGGGCCACCGAUGGCGGCUUCCUCAUCACCGAAGGAACUGUGAUUUCGCCCACUGGUGCAGGGUUUCCUAAGUGCCCUGGAAUAUAUACUCGAGAGCAGAUAGAUGGUUGGAAGAUGGUUGUUGAUGCUGUUCAUGCCCAGGGAAGCAUCAUCUUUUGCCAAUUAUGGCAUGUUGGCAGAGCAUCCAAUCAAACAUAUCAACCCGGAGGUACUGCAGCUCCGAUUUCCUCCACCAAUAAGCCAAUAAGCGGGAGGUGGAAAAUACUAAUGCCUGAUGGCAAGUACGGCAACUAUGCAACACCCAGGCGACUAGCCACGUCUGAAAUCCCUCAGAUCGUCCAGGACUACCAGCAAGCAGCUAUUAAUGCAAUUGAAGCAGGUUUCGAUGGCAUCGAGCUCCACGGCGCCCACGGCUACCUGAUCGAUCAGUUCCUCAAAGACGGCAUCAACGACCGCACCGACGCGUACGGGGGCUCGCUCGGGAAUCGGUGCCGGUUCCUGGCGGAGGUGGCCCAGGCCGUGGUCUCCGCCAUCGGCGCGUCCAGGGCGGCCGUCCGCAUCUCCCCCGCCAUCGACCACUUGGACGCCAACGACUCCGACCCGCUCCGCCUGGGUCUCGCCGUCGUCCACCGCCUGAACGCACUUCAACGCGACGCCGGCGAGCGGCUCGCCUACCUCCACGUGACCCAGCCUCGGUACGUGGCGUACGGGCAGACGGAGGGCGGGCGGCACGGGAGUCAGGAGGAGGAGAGCCGGCUGAUGCGGGCGGUGAGGGAUGCCUACGACGGAACCUUCGUGUGCAGCGGCGGGUACACGCGGCAGCUGGGCGUGGAGGCGGUGGAGCAGGGCGAUGCAGAUUUGGUGUCGUAUGGCAGGCUCUUCAUAUCCAAUCCCGAUCUGGUGGAGCGCUUCAAGUCGGAUGCGCCUCUCAACAGGUACGUGAGGGCCACCUUCUACACACCCGAUCCUGUGGUGGGUUACACCGACUACCCCUCUCUACGUCAAACCCAAAGGUCAAGGCUGUGAACUUAAAGUUCUCUUCUUCGUUGCUCUAUCUAUUUUAAUUAUCGCACGGAUGCUUGAUUUGUGUUUUUUUUUGGAUUAUGUCCUCGCUAGCUUGAUGUGACAACUGUUAUGUUUUUUAAAAAAGGUUGUUUAACUUGUAGAACGAUUUUAAAAAAGAAACGUUAUGUGUUAA